AUGAAGCCCGAUUGGGACAAGCUGAUGGCCGAGUACGAGGGCUCCAAGACGGUCCUCGUCGCGGACGUGGACUGCACCACGGGCGGCAAGGAGCUCUGCAGCUCCGUAGGCGUGCGAGGCUACCCCACCAUCAAGACCGGCAGCCCCGACGACCUGCAGGACUACAAGGGCGGCCGUGAUCCUGGAGAGCCUCAAGAAGCACGCCGACAGCCUCGGCCCGUCCUGCGGCCCCGGGAGAACUUGGAACUGUGCGACGACGAGAAGAAGAAACAGAUCGCAGAGUUCACCGCCCUCGGCGCCGAGAAGCGCGAGGCCAUGAUCAAGGAGAAGGACGCCGAGAGCGAGAAGCUCGAGGCGGACUUCAAGGCCUUCGUGGAGAACCUCAACAAGGCGUACAAGGAUCGGGAGAGCGCCAAAAAGGACGAGGCCGUAGAGGCCAUCAAGAACAGCGGGCUGGGCCUGCUCAAGUCGGUGCACAAGUUCGCGGCCACGGCGUCCACGUCGAAGUCGGAGCUGUAG